ACGUGUGGGGCAUGAGGACCCAGCGACCACCCAGCGGAAGGGCUUGACUGCUCCCAUCGCACCGCUACCACUGCUGCUGUACUUCUGAGCUGAGUGAUUGGGGACAGCGGGCGGGAAGAGAAGAUGCUUAUGGCCCGAGACACGGCGAGGGACGAGGCUCAGAAGCUGCACAGGAAAUGGCUGAAGCACCAGGCCUUCAUGGCCGAGCUGGCCCGCAACAAGGAAUGGCUGGCCAAGAUAGAGCAGGAGGGCCAGGACCUGAUCCAGGAGAAGCCAGAGCUGCGGCCGGUGGUGCAGCAGAAGCUGGAGGAGAUCCGGGAGUGCUGGUCCGACCUGGAGCGGACCACCAAGGCCAAGGCCCGGCAGCUCUUUGAGAACAACAAGCCGGAGCCGGCGGUCAAGAGCUACUCGGACCUGGACAGCCAGCUGUCUCACCUGGAGCGCCAGCCCCCCCAGCUGGAGCAGGCACACCACCUGCCCACCUUCAAUGAGCAGCUGCAGAAAUUCCAGACCAUGGAGUCCCAGAUCGGGGACAUAUACAAGGAUGUGAGCGAUCUGGGCAGCCUGCAGGGAGUGUGCCUGCCCCAGCGGGUGGCCGGCAACAGGGAAGGCGGAGAGCAGUCAGGCGUGGUGGAGACACGCAUCGUCCGGCUCAUUGAGCCCCUGAAGGAGAGACGCCGCAUCCUGCUGGCGUCCAAGGAGAUGCACCAAGUGGCUCAGGACCUGGAGGAUGAGAUACUGUGGAUUCAAGAGAGGCUUCCCUUGGCGUCCUCUAAGGAGUACGGCAACAACCUGCAAAGUGUACAGCAGCAUGUGAAAAAGAACCAGACCCUCCAGAGGGAGCUGACGGGCCGGUGUGCGCGGGUGGAGGAGGUGCUAGACCGGGCGGGCAUCAUCGCCUCCCUGCGGACCCCCGAGGUGGACUUUGUGCGCGAGGGGGCGGGGCACGUGAGGCAGCUGUGGGAGGUGCUACGGCUGGAGGCGGAGCGGCGGUCUGUGAUGCUGGACGCCGUGCUGCAGGCACAGCAGUACUACAGCGAGGCCGUCAAGGUCGAGUCCUGGCUGUCCGGGCAGAAGCUGCAGGUCGCCAACGAGGAGAAGGGCACCGAUGAGGAGAGCACUCUGCAGCUGCUUAAGGGACACCUGGUCCUGGAGCAGACCGUGGAGACGUAUGCAGAGACAGUAGGCAUGCUGUCCCAGCAACGCCAACGCCUGCUGGAACUGGGGCACCCAGAGAGCCAGCAGAUCACCAAGCAGCAGUCCCACAUAGACCGGCUGUACGUUUCCCUGAAGGACAUGGUGGAGCACCGCAAGACCAAGCUGGAGCAGCAGUACUGGAUGUACCAGCUCAACAAGGAGGUGGAGGAGCUGGAGAAGUGGAUCACCGAGCGAGAGUCGGUGGCCAGCUCCACCGAGCUGGGCCACGACCUGGAGGACGUCACGGUCCUUCAGGAGAAGUUCACCAAGUUCUCCAUGGAGACGGACAGCGUGGGCCAGCAGCGGAUGGAGCAGGUGAACAAGAUGGUGAACGAGAUGAUCGACCUGGGCCACACCGACGCCGCCACCAUCGCCGAGUGGAAGGACGGGCUGAACGAGUCCUGGGCUGACCUGCUGGAGCUGAUGGAGACGCGCAGGCAGAUGCUGAUCGCGUCCCAUCAGUUGCACAAGUUCUUCACAGACUGCAAAGAGGUCUUGGCUCAGAUCGCGGGGAAGAUGAGGCAGCUGCCAGAGGUGAGGGCGUGCCAGGCCAGCAUCGCCAACCCAGCCACCCUGCAGAGGCUCAUGCACUCCUUCGAGCACGCCCUUCAACUGCUCGUCGCGCAGGUAAGGCAGCUUCAGGAGAACGCUGCCCAGCUGAGAACCAUCUAUGCUGGGGAGAAGGCGGAGGCCAUCAUGGUGAAAGAGAUGGAGGUGAUGGAGGCGUGGAGGCAGCUGCUGACCUCCUGCGAGGCCAGCCGGGUCCAGGUGACCUCGGUGACGGACAAGGUGCAGUUCUUCUCGGUGGUGCGCGAGAACCUCAUGUGGAUGGAAGGCAUCAUGGGCCAGAUCCGAUGGGAUGAACCCAGGUAUGCCUUCACGCCACAGCAAAGCUCCAUUUCCUUUCUUCGGGAUGUGUCAAUGCUGGAGCUGAUGAUGAAACAACACCAAGAGCUGAAAGCCAAGAUGGACAACCGCAGUAAAACCAUACAGCAGUGUGCCGACCUGGGGAAGAUCCUAUUGGCUGCUGGUAAUCCUGCAGCUGAGGAGAUAAAAGAGAAGCUUGACAGUCUCCUGGCCAAGCAGAAGGAUCUGGUUGAGAAAUGGGAGAAACACCAGGAAAGACUUCUACGCAAGCAGGAGAUGUUCAAGUUUGCCCAGGAGACAGUGAAGGCGGAGGCCUGGCUGACGGCCAAGGAGCCGCUCAUCUCCGCCAAAGCUCCGGAAGGAGGAGAGACCCAGGCCCUAACAGACGAAGUUGAGCAGCUCAUUCUCCGCCAUGAGGCUUUCCGCAAGGCUGCCGUAACCUGGAAAGAACGCUUCAGCUCGCUACGCCAGCUUUCCGCAGCAGAGAAGAAAAAAGAAGAGGAGCAAAAGACCACUCCGCUGUCUAGCCGACGGAUGUUCCCCCUGUCUUGUCUGACGUCCAGCCUCCCGUCCUCCAGUGCGGCCUCCUCUUACCUUAGGCAGACAGUCCAAGCCCACAUUGAGCCCAAGCCCAUGCAGAGCAAUCUAGAGCUGGCUGCCACGUCUGCAUCCCAGAGACUGGCCACGGCGAUGGCCAGCUACUCCCCGGUCCUGAAUGGAUCCAACUACCAUGGAAUGGAUCAGCAAUGUGGCAGGAAGCCGGAGGGUUCUUCUUACCUCGGCAUGAACCACCUGGCGGCAGCUGGGGUCGGAGAUAGCCCCGGCUACUCAGGGUUGAACCCCCAAAGUGUUGGAGGAGAGAGCUCUGGUUACCUGGGAGUAAACCAUCAAACUGGAGGAGGUGCCGAGGGUUCGGGCUACCUUGGACUCAAUGCUGUGUCUGUAGGCAGCUCAGGCUCCCUCAUGCACAACUACCAAGGCAGUGGCGGGUUUGAGGGUUCUAGUCACAUAGUUCCAAAACAUAGCAGCGGCAGUCUAGGAAGGGAGUCAAGCUAUCUACCACAGCAGCAAAACAUGGGCAGUUCUGGGUAUCUUGCACAACAGCAGAAUAUGGGAAGUUCUGGCUAUUUGGCACAACAGCAUAAUUUAGGUAGUUCUGGCUAUUUGGCACAACAGCCAAAUCUAGGUAGUUCAGGAUAUCUGGCACCGCAGCAAAAUGUAGGCAGUUCGGGAUAUCUGGCACAGCAAAAUAUGGGAAGUUCUGGAUAUCUGGCACAGCAACAGCCUAAUCUAGGUAGUUCAGGAUAUCUGGCGCAGCAGCAGCAGCAGCAGCAGCAGCAGCAGCAGCAGCAAAAUGUAGGUAGUACGGGAUAUCUGGCACAGCAAAAUAUGGGAAGUGGAGUUCUCAUGGCGCAAAAUUAUCAAAGUAGUGCAGGAAUGGGCAGUUCGGGUUAUCUAGCACAAAAUCAUUAUGGCAGCGGGAGCCUGGGCAGCUCUGCAUUCCUGGCUCAGAGUGGCGGUAUCAUGGACCCUAAAAUGGCGUAUGCAUGGCAGCACCUUAAGGCAGACUUGCAGCCCAGGAUCAAUCACAUCCACAAGGCAGUGAACCCCCUGCUGGAGGCCAGCAGAAUGCAGAGGGAACAGUACGGGGACAUCCCCAUGGCGGAUAUGUGUCCAGAGUCUGGACUGGAUCUCCUCCACGGCAGGCUACAGCGGGACCCCCGCGGCAGCCGCUCCGACCCCCAGAUGGACCACCUGAGGAGGGAAAGGGAGUACAAGCUGGGAAGGCAGACAUCCAGCGAGCAAGAGAUCCAGGCCCGGCUUAAUGAGCUGCCCAUGAUCGUCCGGCAGGAGCGCUACCGGAGGCGCGUGGAGAGGCAGUCCUCCAGCGAACAGGAAGGGAAUGGCAAGCCGCGGCUUCAGAGGCAGGACUCCAGCGACUUGGAGGGCUCAGUGAAGGACGGCUCAGUGAAGGGCGACGACAAGCGCUCAGGGGAGAAAAGGGCAACUAUGGCUGAGAUCGUGGAGCAGGUGCAAGAGAGAGAGGCAGCAGAGGCCCGGGGAGAAAACUACAGACCCGGUAGCAGCCUCUCUGCGCCUGUGACUCGCUUCGACGGGCGACCUCGUGCUCGAGACCGCCCCAAGCCAAGGAGGAGGCCCCGUCCGAAGGAACCUGAGGAGUCCAGGCGGUCCCGCUCAGCCCCGGCAACCGGUGCCCCGACGACGCCCCAGCCGCCCUCACACACUGCCCACAAUGAGGGCUUCCUCUACCGCAAGACGGCCACCGCCUCUGACCUGGAAGCCCAACAGAGGAGCCCCAACAGCAAGUCCUGGAUGAACGUGUACUGCGUGUUGAUCGAUGGAAAACUUACCUUUUAUAAGGACGGGAGGUAUCGCACCACAACGUACAACAGCGAGGCGCCUAUUGACCUCUCCAACUGUUCAUUUGACCCCACCAUUGGCUACAAGAAGAAGAAGAAUGUCUUUGUCCUCCAAAUCGAUGAUACAACCAACUUCGUAUUCCAUGCAAAAGAUGAGGAGGACAUGAAAACCUGGACAGCGAACAUCACCACCAGCUUGGAGGAGCACGAGCAGAUGGCCGGGUGGGACAAGCCGGGGACGUCCUGCACGGACCCUGACCGCUCGGAGCGCAAGGAGAAGUCGGAGGGUGACGCGGACGCGCGAUCCGAGCGCUCCGAGUUUGUGGAGGGCGAGGACAGGUCAGAGAAGGAGAGAUCGGAGAAGGGCGAGGGCUCGGAGAAGCUGGACACUUCGGAGAUCGCCGACAAAGCGGAAGGGGGCGCGGGGGGAUCCAGCACGUCCGGCAAGAGCAAAUGA